UUGAGCUACCCCGAGGACAGUUUCACUUAACACCAGUGAAGACACUUUCACCUUGAUGACAGUUUGCUCUUUUUCCUCCUCACUAAGGACAGCUCAGUUCACACAUUUAAUGGCUCAGUAGAAAUAACUAUGAGAAAACAAAGAGGAAAUACAGGAAACUGAGAGCGAGAUUACUUUCGUGCGCCGGUGGAUUAAAUGUGCAGAGAUUAGGAAUCAACCGCCACUGAACCGUAUCGCGAGGUCCUGCAUUGUCCUGUUCCAGCGGCAGACAAGAAUUAAUCGGAAAUAACGCUGAAAAGAAGCAUAAUUUAGCGCAGAUAUAAAAUAAUAGACAACUUAAUGUCGCGAUAAUAUGAACCUUCAUUUAUUUCCUGCGCUAGUGGCAUCCUGAAAGCAUGCGCAAAUCUGAUGCGAUGCUCUAGCGCGUGCUGGCGUCCAAUCUCGUCUUUAAACCUUUAAUUCUGAGUGUUCGUUGUUCAAAGAUGAAACUGAUGAAAAGGCUAAAAGUGCGUCUCUUUCUCUGACUUCACGGACCAUGUAAUAAGCUAUCCGUUGUAAAGAUUGAUGCGUUUCCUUGGGACGGUCAGUUUGGUGCAGCGACCCAAACGCUGAGCACGGAGCUUCAUACGGCUGUACAAUCCGCAUAAAUCAGCAACAAGAAGGUCGCAUCAGUGAGCUGCAGCCUUGACAAGAACAAAAGCAGAGUUUCCCCUAAUGGACACUGGUGCUACAUUUUCGUUCACUAAUUAAUGAACCCAUUGCACAUUUUGGGCGCCCCAGGACGCAUCGACCUGACAUUUCCCACCCAGAGGGUGACUUUUGAUGAUUUCAUAAACACGUGAUUGCCGAAUUCCUUUAUUUUGUCAUGUGGAUAUAAAAUGUACAUUGUUUUAGGGAGGGAUUUCUGGAAGGACGCGAGCACUAGUGCUGCCUAGCGUGGCUGCUCGCUGUCCCGUGGGCUGCUGGUGCUGAAAUGUGGUCAGUAAUAUAGUCACCAAAUAAAAGCGUUAUUUAGAUAUUACCAUGGCAGGGAUGACUUAGGAUCCCCUUACUCUCUACGCCUGAGAGGGAAAAAGGAGCGUUUUAGUUAUCGUUCAUGACGAGCAAAUUUGCAUUCACGCGCUCAACUUAAUUCUGUUUCUCAUUUUGCGCUAAAAAAAAAAAAAAAAAAAAAAAAAAAGUCUUAACGUGUCGCGGUGUUGUCAGGAUGUGUAGAAGGAUGGAAGGCAGGAGCACCGGCGCUGGGCAGUGUGGUUGUGCGCCCCGGGGUGGAGCUGCGUGCUGUCCCGCGUGCUCGUGGUGCUGAAACGUGCACGAUGUCCGCACGGCAGAGACUCCCGGGCUGCCGCUCGCUGCACAUCAACGAGGAUAACGGGCGCUUCGUGCUGCUGGCGCUGCUCAUCCUCGCAUACCUUCUGUGCGGAGCUGCGGUCUUCUCAGCCAUCGAGCAGCCGUCGGAGGUGCGAGCCCGAGCGCGCUGGAAUCGCACACUGCACAACUUCAGCGACGCUUUCAACAUCAGCGUGCACGAGCUCAGCUCCUUCCUGCGCGAGUACGAAACCGCUGCGGCCGCCGGAAUCCGCGCCGAUGCCCUCCGACCGCGAUGGGAUUUUACGGGGGCGUUUUACUUUGUGGCGACGGUUGUGUCAACUAUUGGCUUUGGGAUGACAACCCCAGUGACGGUAGCUGGCAAAGUGUUUCUGAUCUUCUAUGGUCUACUUGGGUGUGCAGCCACCAUUCUGUUCUUUAACCUUUUCCUAGAACGUAUCAUCACCCUCUUAGCUGUGGUGAUGAAAGCUUUUAGGCUACGUCACUUGCGCUCUAGUGGCCUCCUCCCACCAGGAAUAUGCCAGGACUUUGCAGCCAGCACUCUUCCAGGUUGGAAGCCCUCUGUCUACCAUGUGAUGCUGAUCCUGGGCCUGUCAGCUAUCAUCAUCUCCUGCUGCGCCUCAGCCAUGUACACCCCCAUAGAAGGCUGGGCCUACCUCGACUCCCUCUACUUCUGCUUUGUCACCUUCAGCACUAUUGGUUUUGGAGACCUGGUGAGCAGCCAGAGCAAAGCCUACAGCUACCAGGGCCUGUACAGGUUGGCCAACUUCCUUUUAAUCCUGACCGGCGUCUGCUGCAUCUACUCACUCUUCAAUGUGAUUUCCAUUGUAAUCAAGCAGGUGCUCAAUUGGAUGCUGAGCAAGAUGAGUUGCCUAUGCUGCCAGCGCUGCAACAAGACUAGUGCUUUCUUGGGGCGCCGCAAUGCCAUCCGCCCUGGCUCACGUCUCCGACAGGGCCAAUUUGGGUACCCAUAUAACUCUGAAGGACCUUGUGACAAUGACCGGGAGGGAAGAAGGCUCUCUGGUGAGAUGAUCUCCAUGCGGGACUUGGCAGGCUCCAACAAGAUAUCAUUGGCCAUCAUGCAGAAACAACUCUCAGAGUCUGCAAAUGGGUACCCCAGGACAGUUUGUGGAAGCUCAAGACACAAUGGCUUCUCUGGUGGAGUUGGAGCUUUGGGCAUCAUGAACAACAGACUGGCAGAGACAAGUGACUCUAGGUAAAGGUGUCUUAAGGAUCAAGAGUAAUACUGUAGUUUACAGGAAAGCUUUUCUAAGUACAGGAGCCCUGAUGUUGUGAUGGAUUUUUGUUUUGACUACAGUCUGACUUUGCCUUGUGCAAAGUUCCAGUGAAACAGCAUGAUUUGCAUGAUGUAUUUCAGAUAUCCAUUUGAGCCAGGAUUAAUAUGGUACCCCACUGGUUUGGAAAUUAGGCUACAACUCAAAAAGUAAUGGAUUUGAAUGCAGUGGAGUAAGACACCCCAUGUGACUUGAUAAAGUGUGAAAAUAGCAUAAUGAUCUUCCCAAGCCUUUUUAGGGGUGCACAGUUACUCUAAAAAGUGGGAGAGUUUAUAGUUAAGUGCAUACAGGAUUUUCCAGCUUUAACCUAGUUUAAAUAUUUGGAGUGCAUAGUAUAGCAUACUGACCAUACCCAUACAAAGAAAUCUAAACAUUUUUUUGGAAUUCUAAACUUAGAGCAUUACCUAUGAUUGAUAUAGAUCUUCUCUAUUAUACAGGAUCAACUUUAUGAGAUGUAGGUUAAAUUACAUCAUUCUCAGCUAUCAAACAUAUUGCACAUGCCUUUAUUUCAGCUAUGCAUCUCUUUCUUAUGAGAUUAUUGCUUGAUAUCAUUGCAAAUAAUCUUGAUUAAAAAUUCAAAUGUAGAACAUACAUAUCAGAAUGAUGUUAAUGCAGUUGUGAGAAAAAGUCUGUGACCCCUUUGGAAUUAUCUACAUUAAUGUUUUAAUGACUCUUUAUGAUGAAGACUUAAUUAUUUUCAUCUUCAAGUCAUAAUAAUAAAUAAGAGUAGUUGUUGUAUGUAAAAAAAAAAAAAGUGGAAUUUUAAGUUUUUCACAAAGAAAAGAUUAUUGUAGCAGGUGAUUGGAAUUGAGCAGAGGUUAGAUGGUAUUCUGGUCCAUUCUUCUAAAGGAACCUUUCAACUCAGGUAUAUUUUUGAUAUGUCUUGCAAGAUAUGCUUUUCUUGUGAUCAUAUAGUAGCAUUUCAGUAUGAUUGAGGUCAAGACUGUACUUUAAAACACAUAAUUUCUGUACUUAAUUUACCUUUGUGUAUUAGAUCAUUUUAAUGCUGAAUAACCUAACCUUAUUUAGACUUAUGGAUCAUAGAUCCCUGUUUAAACUGAUUCAAUUUACAAGUCACUGCUUCCUCAAUGGCUACCCCAUACCUUUGUGAUCAAAGAUUUGGAUUUGUUAGUAUUUGUUGAUGCAAUAUAUAGUUGAGGCCAAAUGUUUACCCUAGGUUAAAGACAUUCAAACUCAAUUUUUCACAACUCCAUAGUUUACAAUACAGUUCCUGUGUAAUUUCCCAUUAAGUCAAUAGGAUAUCUACUUUAUAUCCAUAAGAGGUCAAAAUAAUAAAUAAGAUACAGAUUUAUUUAAGUUUUUAUUUACUACAUCAGAUUUUCAGUGGGUCAAAAGUUUACAUAUAUCUUGUUAGUAUUUGGUGAAGUGCUGGGUGAUUUUAAUAAUGAACUCGGUUAAUCAGAAUGAAUGUUUUAACACAAUUUUUAAAAUGUUCCAGUUGAGAUUUCACAUGUUUAGAUAUACAUAUUUAAUUUAUAAUUCUAAAAAAUCUAUUUGUGUUAUGUAAAAUUUUUAAACCAAUACAGAGGAAAAACUCAGCCUUCUCAACUUGAUAAACACCUCCUACACUCUGCGCUACUCCCAAACACACCUUAAAAACUUAAGAAAAAAAGAUAAACAAGUAGUACUUCAUGGACUGAGCUCAUAACAAAUAUCGCUUCAGUGAUAAGGAAUUGGUAUGUGUUUGAAAGUCAGUUGAACAAGUUGAUGUGAAAUAUAAUGCUGCAUUCGUAAGUGCUA